GACUAGACUCUCCUCAUUACGUAAUGAUGGCUUCGACCGACAAUUAAACAACCAACAUUUAUUGCAAGGCUAGCAUCAAGGAGCUUCCAACAUAUCGAACUCGCGAUGCCGAGUGAAUUCUCUCAGUAGUAACUAAACAUUCUGCUGGACAACUGGUUUACGACGUAUAUUUCUGGUGAGAUGCCUAAACUAGAGGAAUGGUCAGAAGGGUGGUCAGAGGGCAGAACAUCGUUCCACCGGACAUAUGUUCACAAGUCAUUGCUAGAAUUUCAGAGCAAACUCCUGGUGAAGAAGCCUAGUCGGGUUCUUGUUCCACUAUGUGGGAAAACAUUGGAUAUGAGAUGGCUUGCUGAAGAAGGUCAUGAGGUUGUUGGAGUAGAAGGUGUUCUUCAAGCUGUCAUGGAAUUCUUUCAAGAACAAGAUCUCUCCUACAAAGAAAGUGAUAUCCCUGGGAUCACAGAUGGCAAACUAUUUGAGAAUGAAGACAAGAAGAUAAAAAUAUACCUGUGUGACUUCUUUAAAUUCUCUAAAGAUUUUGCAGGUCAGUUUGAUGCUAUUUGGGACCGAGGUUCUCUUGUUGCUGUCGAUCCCUCAUCACAACAGCAAUAUACAGACGUCCUACUCUCAGUACUGUCCCCAGGAGGGCGCAUUCUGAAUGAGGUGUUUGAGUACAGCCGAGAGGAAAAACCAAAAGGACCUCCCAAUACAUUGCCUGAUGAAGUUAUACAAAAGUUAUAUGGAGAGAAAUUUUCCAUCGAGCUUUUAGCAGACAAUGAUCACAUGAACCAGCAUUUCAAAGACCAAGGGCUGACGUGGAUGAGACAGCAUAUACGCAUCAUGACCCUCAAAUAACUUCAUUCCUAGUCGAACUCUGUCAUUGAAGUUAUUUUUUAUGAAAUCAAAUAGUCAAUAUUGACUUUCAUUCAUUGAUAAUAAUGAUAAUAAUAAUAAUGUGACUUAUAAAGAGCCAAAUACACUCUGUAGAGUGCUCAAGGCGCAUAAAGAGCUAAGAGUUAAAUAAAAGAGUUUUUAGAAGAUUUUUGAAAGUUUCGACAGAGGUACAUUUUCAGGAAGGCUAUUCCACAAAGUGGGGCAUGCAAAAGCAAAUGAUCUUUCCCCCCAAGUUUUUGAAACUUUUGGAAUAACAAGAAAGCAAGAAGUGGAUGAGCGCAUCAAAGACCUGCUUGGUCUUUAGAAAUUGAUAAAUGAAAGAUAAGAAGAUAAAAGCACAUAUUCAUUCAUUGAUUUGUUUAAUUCUAUAAUAUAUUUUUCUGUGCAUUUAUGCAUUGAUUAAUUUUGCUUACUUUUGUCAUGAUUCGAUUUCAUUUUUUGAUGAUUAAUUUAAUAAUUUAGUCUUUCAGUCUUUUAGUAUUAAAAUUAUUUAUUAAUCAAUGUUUUUACUUGCAUUAUUAUAUUAAAUAUAUUUGAUCAGUAAUGCAUGGUAAUGUAUUAUAAUAUUUGUAUUAUAUUUAAAUCAUGUAAAAUUUGAUCACUAGACAUAAGCUUUUUAUACAUUUCAUUUUUUUUUGUACAUAGGAUUAGGUCUUUAUAUAGCACAAAAAAGAAAGUUUUCUCACUCGAGACCCAAAAGUUCUUAUGUAAAAUUCAUUAUGAUUAAUUGAGUGGUACGAAAUUACUUUUUAAUUCGAAUUUAUUUUCAUUUAUUUAGUUGCUCAAUGUAUCAGAUUCACAAAGUUCCAUUUUCACAUCUGAUGGCCGAUCUGAUGUCAGAACUCUGCCUAAGAGAACACUCCUCUACCACCAUCCUCCAAUUAUUGUCAAAUUAUACAAUUGAGAAUAAUGCAAAAGUAAAAAGGGUAGGAUUUUUAAAUUAAUGUUUCAGAGUCAGUUUGGUUUUAUUUUAUAACUCAUGUUGUUUUUGUACUUUAUUUAGCUCCAUAUAAUCUUGAACAAAUGAACAUCUCUUAUAUUUCUUAUUGUGUUUAAGCUACACUGCUAGGACUGCACAAAACAGACAUAGUUGUCUGUAUGCAAUACAGUUAUAAUGGAAUUUGUAUCUUGAAUAUGAAGCUAUAGUUUAAUAGAGAUAACAUGUGUGCUAAUAUUAUUUGUCAACUUUGUAUUCUUAAAAGAUGCAUAAUGGACAUUGACACUUAGUUGAAGUCAAACUCAUUACUUUUGAACCAUAGUUGAUAGUAAAUGUGAGUUUUUAGUUUUUGGCUCAAAGUUUCAACUUAACGAAUUCAACAUUGAUUCCAUUUCUUCUAUCUCAGGCAAUGACAUCCCCUUGUCAAAUUCACAUUUAUACAAAUUAUCAACAGUCACUACACUUCUGUAAUCUUGGAGUGUUUGAUGAUACCCCUGUAAAAAUCACAUUGUUGUACGUUAACAAAUGUUUUUGAAGCGCUUUCACUGAGAGUUGUGUGAAAAAUGUUCAGACUUACGGAUUAAAAAGAUUUGAUUCUGUGAUAUCAUAUGCCAGCAACUCCAUCAUACAUCAUGUGACAAACUCCAUGAAUUCUCAUUUUUUUAUGAAAUUAAAAAUUAUUUUACCUAUGCACUCAGUAUAUCAGAAAUAUUGUGUACAUAAUGAUGAGUAUCAUAAUGUAGAUGUAAUGUAUGGUUUUAUAUAUUUUCAUAUGAUUAAAGUGGUUAAAAAUGA